UUAAACAAACACCAACUACCACCCAUUAUGUUUUCUGAAUUCUGAAACGUUUCCUUCAAAAACUAAACUUGUUCAGAAAAUUUCUUAAACAUAUAAUUUGAAAAUCACUUAUUGAGAUCCAGAUCCAGAAGCCCGUGGGCCCAAUUUGGUCAUAUACUAAUUAGGCUUGUCAAAACGAUGCGUUUUUGGCAUUGAUAAGAAAAACAUGGAAGAAGUUAGAGACCAAAUGCAGUUCUGGUGGUAGAAAAUGUCGUCAGAGAAGGAAUCGGAGUCUCGGAAAUGGAGUUCUGAAGAGAUUUCGCGCGAAUUCAAAACCCUGGUUAAUUCCGGUGAUCUUCACUCGCUUAGCCACAUGCAACACACCAUAUUGGGAAGGUUGCAGGACAGCAAUGCGGUGUUGUCGCACUUCAACGAUUUCUCUCAAAACUGCAUUGCUGAGAUUUCCGGUGACAUUGCUAGACACACGCGCGUAUUGAAAUCUGUCAAGUCUGAUCUUGAUUAUAUUUUUCAGAAACUCAGGAGUAUGAAAUCAAAAAUUAUGGCAACUUAUCCUGAUGCAUUUCCUGAAGACUCAACGGGCGAAGUGAUUGAUGAUCGGAGACCAGACCUUGAAAUGCCCAAGUAACUAAUGUUAUGAACGCCAUUAGCUCAAUAGACAAUGGAACUGUUCCUUCAUUUAUUUUAAAUACGCAUUUAGUUCCUGUAAAAUAAUUUAACGAAUAACUUUUCUUUAAUUUCUUGCUCCUAACAAAUUCAAA